AUGACCGACGACAUCACACAGCUUCAGCAGCAGAACGUGUCUAAGAAAGACGACAAGAAGGCGAUUCCUGCUGGUGGUGGCGGAAGGAGUCAGAAGAGAACUGGUCCUGUUGCUCGAACAGCUUCCAUAGGUGGCGGAAAUGCUAGUGCAUCCAGACCGUCUUCGCGAUCCAGCAACAAGAAAGGUAAUGCUCCUGUCGCCACUGAAUCUGGCUCGGAUUCCGCGAAGAAGGGAGCGGAGGCCAAAAGGACAGAGCAACGCAGUAGGACUCAGGGGAACUCCAAUGCAAGGUCGAAUGCACAUCGUAAAGGUCAGCAGUCUACGUCUCAAGGCGUUCGCCAGGGUGCAAACGCUCCCAAGGAUGGUGCUGCGGCCAAGCAGAAGCAGGCGUCUGCUUCUCCAGCGCCUGCCCCGGUCGUCGAUAAUAGCGAUGCUCUGUCUUCGUUGCAGAGGGUUAUAGCGGAUUUAAAGACGACUUCACCUCCUAGCCAAUCUCCCAGCAUUGCGCCGACGUUGAUUGCGGCCUCAAUGGCCGUACCCUCUCAAGGAAACGGCUCGACUCUACCUGCCAAUGCUCCAAUAUUUCACCCUGGCGCAAUCGCAUUCCCCAGUGCUGGUAUUCCUGAACCUCCCAGACAUCGUAAAGCAGCCUCGUUGGGCACGUCAUCGGGCGUAGCAUACAACUCGUAUUCUCCUAAUUUGGGAUCCAUGAUGGAAGAUGUCGAGGAUGGGCAGGUGCAGGCUCUGGUAGAGGAAGGAGAAAUCCAAGAAACUUUAGCUCCCGCAGGGCACCAGCGUCGCUCGCUGUCCCAGAGCUUCACUGCACCUCGGUUUGCUGCUCUUGCUGCACAGCAGGAUCAGGGUGAAGUGCUUGGACCGUCUGGUCGUCCUCAACUUGCCCCAGGAUUCAUGUUUGGUGCAAGGAGGCGCCCGAGCGCCAGUAUGUCAAUGGGUCCUUCAAUCAACGAAGAGGAUAUCGGAUUCCAGUUUCCUCAGCAGUCACAGCAGAGUUUCAAUGCUGACGUGAAAGCUGAUAGCGGACCCGAGAUAUCUGGUAUCAUGGCAGAACAGAUUGCUAUUCAGAACCAGAUUGAGGCUCUACAGCAACAGCAGCAGGCCCUCUAUCAACAACAACUUGCUUCCAAUCAGGUUCUGUCUUUCCAAACACCCGGGCUUGCUCCUGGACGAGGGCCUGCUCACCGACGCGUUCAUAGCACCGUUCCUAUGGGGAUGGGCAUCAACGCUUUCGGUGGGCCACAGGCGGCUAUGGGUCAGUUUGGCAGUCUGGGCAGUCUGGGAAUGGGAUUGGAUGGCCAACCUCAAGGUGUUCCGCGUGGGCAUGGUAGACGUCACAGUGUGAACGUCUUGAACAAGACGAGCGGCCAAACAGCCCUGGGGUCUUUGGGGUUCAGCAACAGCCAGGAUGGUUUUGAUGACGGAUUCACACCACCCGCUGGCCUAGCGGGUGGGUCCUCUCAUACUCGCUCGGAUUCUAGUUGGCGAAUCAACGGUGGAGUGGGUGGGAUUCAGACGGGCAAUAACUUUGCUGCCGAUCUUGCUCAAGCGCAAGCUCAAUUGCAAAGUCUCCAACAGUUCCGUGCUGCUGCGGGAGGUCACCACCAGAAGAUGCCCUCUUUCAGUUUCCCCAACAUGUUGCCCAACAUGAUGGCCGCCAACAUGAUGGGUCUUGGCUUGGGUGGUAUUAAUUUGCUCCAGCAACAGCAACAACAGUUUCAAUCACAGCUCCAGCAGCAAUCUAAUCAGCCUCAGCGCAAGUCGUUGUUCGCUCCUUAUCUUCCUCAGGCUUCUCUACCUCCACUUCUCGCUGCGGGCAAACUUGUUGUUGGAAUCCUCCGAGUCAACAAACGUAAUCGCUCAGACGCAUAUGUCGCAACAGAGGUUCUGGACGCCGAUAUAUAUAUUUGUGGCUCCAAGGACCGUAACCGUGCUCUCGAAGGCGAUAUUGUUGCCGUCGAAUUGUUGGAUGUUGACGACGUCUGGGGCACGAAGAAGGAAAAGGAGGAGAAGAAGAGGAAGAAAGAAGAAAACUCGGCAUAUGAUCUGAAAGGCGUCGCUGGACGGAAGAACGACAAAAAAAAGGAUGAUGUGGAAGUUGAAGGACAAGGACUAAUGUUAUUUGAGGAUGAAGAAGUAACGGAUGAUGUGAAGCCUCAAUUCGCUGGCCAUGUGGUCGCCGUUGUGGAGCGGAUGCCGGGGCAACUGUUCUCUGGCACACUUGGUCUUUUGCGUCCGUCCUCAGCAGCUACAAAGGAGAAGCAGGAGGCUGAGCGUCGCGAAAGAGAGGGCGAUCGUGGUGACGAACCCAGGCGCCCGAUUGAACGACCCAAAAUUGUUUGGUUUAAACCUACAGACAAGCGUGUGCCUCUCAUCGCCAUUCCUACCGAGCAAGCUCCUCCCGAUUUUGUUCAGAACUCGGAAGCAUACGGCAACAAGCUGUUCGUUGCUUGCAUCAAGCGUCAUCCCAUCAGUUCUCUUCAUCCUUUCGGCACGUUAGUCGAAGAACUUGGCCCUAUAGGCGACGUUGAGGUGGAAACGAGCGCCUUACUGAAGGACUGCAACUUCCCCACCGAAGAUUUCAGUGAGAGUGUGAUGAAAUGUCUUCCCCCCAUUCCUUGGAGUAUCCCUGAGCGAGAAUUUGAGGUCCGCAAGGAUAUGCGCAACGAGAGGAUCUUUACCAUUGAUCCUGAACGUGCCAAAGACAUGGAUGACGCCUUAUCCGUGAAGUCCAAUGACGAUGGUACUUACGACGUCGCUGUACACAUCGCGGACGUUUCUUACUUCGUCAAACCCAACACUGCUCUGGAUCGUGACGCUCGCAAGCGUGCCACAAGCGUUUAUCUAAUUCAACGCGCCGUCCCUAUGUUGCCUCCGGCGUUGAGCGAACAACUGUGCAGUCUUGUCCCAGGUGAAGAGCGCCUGGCAUUCACUGUCAUCUUUACUAUGACGAAGGACGCCAAGAUAGUGAAGAAAUGGUUUGGCAAGACUAUUAUCAAGUGUGCCGCCAAGCUCACUUACCAUGAUGCUCAGACUAUCAUCGAGGGGAAGAGUGUUCGCCUGGAUACUACAACGGAGCACACCUUAGCCGACGUCAUCCGGGACGUCCGACUUCUUCACGAUAUUGCAAAGCAGUUGCGCACGCGUCGCAUCCAAAAUGGUUGCUUGAAGACAGAGACCAUGCGGUUGACCUUCAAGCUCGACGACGACACAGGGCUUCCGACUGAUUGUUGGCAGUAUGAGCGUACGGAAGCGCAUCAUCUCGUGGAAGAGUUUAUGCUGCUCACGAACAUAGCCACUGCUCAGCAAGUCGCUGUUAACUUCUCUGAACAAGCUCUAUUGCGUCGUCAUGAUCCACCUAUUGAACGACGACUGAACGCUUUCGUCGAACAUGCAGAACGCCUUGGAUACAAUAUGGAUAUCACUUCUGCGGGUUCUCUGAUGAGGUCGCUGCAAUCGAUCGACGAUCCCAUCGCACGCAGGAUACUGGAGGUUUUGUUGCACAAAGCCUCCCCUCGGGCCAAGUACUUCUGCUCAGGGAUGCUCGAUAUAGCCAAGUACGGUCACUAUGCGCUGAAUCUCCCCUUAUACACCCAUUUUACGUCUCCGAUCCGACGGUACGCCGAUGUUCUUGUGCAUCGUCAGCUUGAUUCAAUUAUGCAGGGCGGAGCCGAGCCGAAGUUCACCAUGGAUCGCGACGCCGUUGCAAAGGUUGCGCAGCAGUGCAAUAUCAAGAGAGAUUCCGCCAGGCUUGCCCAAGAGCAGUCGGCGCAUCUAUUCCUUUGUAUCUUGGUCUCUGAUCUCACGCAGCGUUAUGGGCCUGUCGUUCGGCAGGCUAGGGUGAUAGGAGUGCUGGAUGCUGCCUUCGACGUCCUCGUGCCCGAGUUUGGCAUCGAGAAGAGAGUUCAUGUUGACCAGAUGCCUAUUGACAACCAUGUUUAUGAUGAGCACAUCCACACUCUCCAAAUCUAUUGGUCAACCCGGGACGUGAUCAGUUGGCUCGCUGAAAAUAGUGACGACGAGCAUCUGAAGAAAGUCAAGCAAACAGCCGAACAACAUGCUGUCAAGAUGGAAGUCGUGUCUAGGUCCGUACACGACGAAAAGGCGUUAUUCGACGAGGAUGACGCGGAAGAAGACGAGAUUGUCCUUGGACGUACCCGUGAUCGCGAAGAAGAGGAGACUGAAACGUCGAAGCAGCGUUUGUCAUCGAAAACCAAAGUGCAACCGCAGUUUGAGGGUUUGAAGGUCACGCCUUCUGGACACAAGAUUCAAGAGAUCCGAGAACUCAUGACCGUUCCUGUUAUCGUUACCGCGGAUCUUACCAAGAGUCCUCCUGUCAUCAAGGUGUACAGCGUGAACCCUUACGCUGGACAGAAGUAG